CGUGAUCUGAAAAUAUCUGAAUUUAAAAUGAUUUAAAUCUAAAUCAUUCGAAUUUAAGAUAAUAUGAUUUCAAAUUUACCUGAUUCAAACCCACCUAUACCAACAGUAAUUAGAUUAGUAAUUAGUUUGCCACUACACUGGCUUGAAUUUUAGAAGUGAAUUUUUCACUAAAGCGACAUUCUCCAACUCAAUUACGGUACUAACUUUAUUCUUUUGUCCACACAUGUCAUCCAAUCCAACGAUCAAUUGCUUACAUUUUCCACACUCUCGUCAUUGGAGCGUGCACUCAAAAUUCCUCCUCUAUUGGUGAUUUGUUUCUCAACUCCGACUACAACCCAAAAGUCCGACCCCAUUUUGAUGGUGUGUUAAAUUUCCUCACAGAGAAAAACACUCAGACAAAAAAAAAAAAAGUUGAGAGCAGCAGAGCAGUUCUUCCUUUGAUUUUCUGAUGGUGAUCUUCUCUUAAAUCCAGUGAUCAUCAGCCGCUUAAUCUAUAGCUAGCUUGGAAGCCCGCUUGAGCUGUUUUAGUUACUGUAGCUUAUUGUGUGGUUUUGUCGACUGAAUUCCUUCUCGUCGUGCUUCAUAUUUCGCAAAGGCAAUUUCCCCCCAAAAGUCAGAUCAUUUUGAAGAAUUAAUGGCUGCUGAAUUUGCUACAUCCGUCGCUAGUGGUGUCGCGGAAAACCUGGUGGAGCGAUACGUGGUGAGGCCAGCAUUAAGUAAUCUUCGUUACGUGUUUUGUUUUCAAAACAUUGUCGAAGAAUUUAAUGAACAGAAACAAUUAUUGUCAUCGGCACAAACUCGGCUGCAAAAUGAUGUUGCGGAGGCCAGAAGGCAAACUCUAGAAAUUGAGCAGGACGUGAAGAAGUGGCUAGAAGAGGCGGAUAAAGUUAUGGAAGAAGUAGAAAGCCUGGAAAAUGAAAUACAAGAAAACAAGCCAUGUCUCACUUGGUGUCCAAAUUGGAACUGUCGUUACAGGCUUGGUAAGAAAAUAGCAAAGAAGACGCCUGGGAUUGCUAAACUUGUAGAGAGUUCAAAAUUUGAUCCCAAUCGCAUUGGCCAUCGUGCUACUCUGCCCAACUUCCUCCCAUCUAAGGAUUUUGUGCCUUCAGAAUCUUCGACAUCUGUUUUGAAUCAGAUCUGGGAGGCGCUGAAGAUUGAUUCUGUGAAUAUGAUUGGAGUGCUUGGGAUGGGAGGGGUGGGUAAAACCACAUUGGUCAAAGAAGUCGGAAAGAAAGCUGAAGAAUUGAAGCUUUUCGAUGAAGUUGUGAUGACUACAGUGUCCCAAAAUGUAAACAUUGACAAAAUUCAAGAUGAAAUUGCAGAUCUCUUGGGUUUAGAGUUUGAUAAGAAAAGCGAACAAGGAAAAGCACGACAGUUAUGGCUGAGAUUGAAAAAUGUGGAGAGAAUUCUCGUAAUUCUUGAUGAUGUUUGGACUAGCAUCAACUUGAAUGAUAUUGGAAUUCCCAUCGGUGAAGAUCACAUAGGUUGUAAAAUUCUUUUGACAACGCGUCUUCGACAAGUAUGCUCUUACAUGAGUUGCCAUCCGGUGAUUGACCUGGAAGUUUUAGAAGAGGAUGAAGCAUGGGAUUUGUUCCAAAAAAAUGCAGAUCUAAAAAAUGACUUUGAAGGUAUCCGCUUGCGUGAUGUAGCAAUGGAAGUUGCCAGGGAAUGCAGGGGUUUGCCCCUUGCAAUUGUAACCAUAGCAAGGGCCCUAAAACAUAAAACUCUUGAUGCAUGGAUAGUAGCCAAUAAACAGCUCAGAGAAAGCCAACAUUCUGGUAAUAGCUAUGAAAACAUCUAUACACGUCUCAAGAUUAGUUAUGACUGUUUGACGGGAGAAAAGAUCCAAUCAUGUUUCUUAUUAUGUUCGCUUUUUCCCGAAGAUUAUGAUAUCAGUAUUGAAGAUCUGACCAGAUUUGGCGUUGGGCAAGGACUGUUCCAUGAUGCUAGCUUAAUUGAUGAUGCAAGGACGGAGAUGCGUGCCAAGCUAGAAGACCUUCAAAACUCAGGUUUGUUGUUGGAUAGUCGUAAAGAUAAAUGUGUGAAAAUGCAUGACGUGGUUCGUGAUUUUGCUCACUGGAUAACAUCUAAAGGAGAGAAAGUAUUCAAGGUAAAUGCAGGCCUUGGAUGGAAGGAAUGGCCUAGGAGUGAAAGUUUUGAAUGUUUCACAGCAAUCUCCUUGAUGAACAACAAAAUAGAGAGGCUUCCUGAUGGACUAGAAUGCCCGAAGCUUGAAACCCUGUUAGUGGGUGGAGAUGGUUCAACCAAAGUUUCAGGUGCAUUUUUCGAAGGAAUGAAAGCCCUCAAAGUCUUAACCCUUGAAAAUGUUCUGUUGUCACUAGAAGGACUUCAAGGCCUGACAAAUCUUCGAAAUCUGCGCUUGGAAAAGUGCAAACUCGAGAAUGUUUCUUCAUUGGCGAAAUUGAAGAAACUUGAGAUUCUAGACCUUCGCAGUUCUCAUAUCUACGAGUUACCGAUUGAGCUAAGGGAAUUGAGGGGCCUAAGAUUGCUGGAUCUCUCAACAUGCGGAAUGCUUCAGAGGAUUCCCAUCAACUUGCUCACAAGAUUGGAGUCCCUGGAAGAGCUAUACAUUGAUUAUCCUAGCUUUGAACAAUGGACAACCGAAGAAAAAAGUGGAGAGGGAAGCAAUGCAAGCCUUUCAGAGCUAAAUCUGUUGAGCCAUUUAAAGGCACUUACCUUGUGCGUUCGUUCUAAAUGCCUUUCAAAACAUUUCGUGUUCCCAAAGUUGGAGAGGUACGCGAUAAUGGUAAAUAAAUGGCAACAUGAUAACUAUCCCACCUCUAAAACCUUGAAAAUAAAGGAAUCCUCACUGGACGCAUUUAAAAGUUUGCUUCUCAAUGUGGAAGAUCUUUCCUUGGAUAGCAUAACAGGUUAUAAAAAUCUUGUUCCAGUCUUGGAUCGACAAGGCCUUCAGAAAUUAACUUUUCUUGAACUUCAAGAUUGCAAGGAUAUUGAAUGUCUGAUCGAUACUACUCAGCACCAAUCGCCAACCACUGCAUUCUCUAAUUUGGAGAAAUUGAGCAUGACUAAAAUGGUUUCUUUGAAGCAGUUAUGCAAUGGUCUGCCUCCGAAAGAGUUCCUGCAAAACUUAAAAGAGUUGUCAAUAAGACAUUGUAUGGACAUGAUCUCUGCAGAUCCAUGGGUACAAAAUCUAAGAAAGGUAACAAUUAAAGAUUGUCGUCAGAUGCUAGUAGUAUUUGAAAUGGGUAAGCUUCUUCAUUUCAAGCAAGAACAUGAUCAGCCACAAUUGCUCUCAAUGUUAACGUACCUGGAAUUAGAGUUCUUACCAGAGUUAUUGUGCAUAUGGAAAGGACAGACUCACCAUGUAAGUCUCCACAGUCUAAAGGUUGUAAGGGUACAACAUUGUGACAAAUUGACGUCUUUAUUCUCGCCUUUCCUUGCUCAAAGUUUGAUUCAGCUUGAAGAACUUGAGAUACUCCAUUGCCCUCAAUUGAAGCGAAUCAUCGCUGACUUCGAAGAAGAUGAUGAAGAAAUAUCACUAAACUCCUUUUUGCAUCCUUUGUGCUUGCCAAAAUUGACAACUAUUAGGAUAAUUGACUGUUCUAGAUUGGAACAUGUCUUCCCGAUGUCAAUGGCUGAAGGUCUUCCACAGUUGAAAAGCCUUAACAUAAUUGAUUCCUCUCAAUUAGAACAAAUUUUCAGCACCGUAAAAGAGAAGGAUGAAAAGGAUAUUGUGCUCUCACAGUUGCAAUCAUUAGUGCUUCAAAAUUUAGUGAAUUUGAAGAGUUUCUGUCCGGAAAAUUGUUUUGUCAAAUUGCCAUCUUUGGUAGAGUUGAAAAUGUAUAGAUGUCCUGAACUGACUCGUUUUACUGCUCAACUGCCAGCUAGGACUUUGGCUCAACUAAAGGAGCUACGCCUCUUUGAGGUUGGGAAUAAUAGCCAAUUGUACACCAGAGUUGGACCCCAAUUGAGACAGACGUCAUCAUCAGAUUCAGAAUAUUUGACAAUUGGGAAUUGUCAAGAGAUAUUUCAGCUUCAAGGUGGUGACCUCCUUCUCAGUCUAGAGACACUACACUUGGAGGACUUAUCUGAGUUACAGGUUAUAUGGAAAUGUCCAACUCAAGUAGAAACUCUUCAAAAUCUCACACAAUUGAUGUUGAUUGACUGCAAGAGCUUGAGAUACGUCUUCCCGCCGAUGCUUGCCCAACAUUUGUCGCAUUUGAGCUACCUAUGUGUAAAGGGGUGUGAGGCAUUAGAGCAGAUAAUUGAUCAGGACCAAAGUUCAACAUCGUCAUCUAAUGCUCAACUUCAACCUACAAUAAGCUUCCCUAGUUUAAGAAAAAUAUGGAUCAUAGGUUGCAACAAAUUGAAAUGUCUGUUCCCAAUCAGUGUUGCUCAUUGUCUUCUUAAUCUCGAAGAGUUCAAAGUAGAAGGAGCUUCCAAAUUAGAGCAAAUAUUUGGACAUGAAGAUGAAACAGACCUCAAAGAUGGGAAAGAGAUGGUACUUCCUCAAUUGAAACGAUUAUUCCUUAAAAGGCUACCUAGCCUCAUAAGGUUCAUCCCGGAGUGUUAUCAUUUUGUGUUCCCAACAUUGGAAUAUUUGGAAGUAAAAGAAUGUUCCAAGAUAACUACAAGUUUUCUUGUUCAUUCAGAUUCAGCAUGUUCUAUGCAUGCCCAAAAGGAGUUUUGCCUCUUUAAUAUGAGACAUAAGAACAAGCAGUGUGACUCCAUUGUCCCUCAAUUGAGACAAAAGUCACCAAAUUUGGAAAUUUUGGCUGCUAAAAAUCAUGAGAGGGUGUUUCAGACUGAAGGUGGUUAUACUCUUUCAAGUUUAAGGGUAUUGCGAUUGGAGACUCUACCUGAAUUAUGCAUUAUAUGGAAGGAUCCUGUCCAAAAUGUAACCCUUCAGAAUCUUAUUACAUUGAAGGUGAUUCAUUGCAAAAGCCUGAGACAUGUUUUUUCACCAAUGAUUGCUCAGAGUUUGUUGCACUUGAAAUAUCUAAAGAUAUGGGGAUGCGAAGCAUUGGAGCAAAUCGUUGCCGCGGAUCAAAUUUCACCGUCACAAGUUCUUCUCCAAGCAUGUUUCCCCAAUUUGACCAGGUUGCAAAUUGGAAAGUGCAAAAACUUGAAACGUCUGUUCCCUGCUAGCUCUGUUGGUUAUGUUUCAAAACUCAGAUAUCUCAUAAUUGAAGAGGCCUUGGAAUUGGAGCAUUUGUUUGAACAUGAAGAUAAAGCGAGCACCAAAUAUGGGAAAAGCUUGUUCGUCCCUCAAUUAGAAGUUUUAUUCCUUGGGAAAUUGCCAAGCCUCUUGAGCUCCAUCCCCGAGGGUUAUCAUUUUAUAUUCCAAUCUUUGCGGUCUUUGACGGUAAAAGAAUGUCCCAAGAUAACUACAGCUUUUGCAGUUGAUACAAAUCUUUUUGUUCACGCCAAAACAAAGACAUCCCAAGUUGUUGAGAAAGAGACGGUCAAAACUACUACCGCAAUUCAACGAAUAGAGGAUGGAGCAGACAGGUCUACCAGCAAAGACAUAUAUUGGUAUCGUUGGUAUCAACCAAAUGAGCUACCUCCAUACAUGGAAGAACCAGGAGAAAGUUUCUGACAACAAAGUGAAAAAUCUUGCCUUCGUAUCAUACGGUAGAUCUUAUUUAUUUCUUCUUUCAUUUGUUGAUCAGAUGUUUAGAUUGUUAAUUUGGAUUAUUUUGGAGGGUUUAAGUUGAAGGUAACUACUUCUUUUGGCACUUUUACAGUUGCUAGUGCUUGGGAAGAGAUUAGGCACUCAGUCAUUGCUUGGAUGGAAAUUUUGGGCAGAUUACCUUCUCUUCCGAGAACUAGCUCCUGGAACCAUUCUUCAAUCUCUGCUACAAAAUUGUUUAUUAUAUAGUUUUGGUCCAGUAUGCAGAGAGAUCAUAAAUCUCCUCAUGUCCUUUUUCUCAUCAGGUGUAGUCUUUUAUUUUGCAUUUGUCUCAGAAAAACAGAUCAGUUGGUAAUCGAAUGCUGAAUUAAUAGGCUACUGCUAACUCAAGGGGAAUAAUAUGGCCGCCAUUGUCCUCAGCUCAGGCUUGCCUGAUCAGCUCGUCUCUAUUAAUAAUUUUAUACGUAUGGAGGGAAAGGAAUAAUGUUCUGCACUUUGUAAUUAUGUUCUUUUGUUCCUUAACUUUGGUUUUGCUGCUCCUUCCUAGUGGCUUGCAUGUUUUGUAGCAAGACUCCUGAUUUCUUUGGAUGAAUAACGUUAUGUCAUGUGUAAUGCAUAGGCUUAUUGAUAAAAUAAGAUAUUAAUUAU